UGCCGGUAUUUUAAAUACGCCUUCGGAGUGCGUGGGUCAGGAUUUUGAGGACUAUUUAUUGAUUAAUUUAUUUAUUAUUUGAUAUUCGCUGCUUACAUUAUGCUGUGCCUGUGCCUUUAUGUGCCCGUUUCCGACUCGGAUCAGAUUGAAUUUGAAUACUUCGAGUCGAACGGAUUACCUUCGGAGCUGAAAUCUCUCUUCAAAUUAAGCCUGUUUCUGCCCUCUCAGGACUUUUCUACCUAUCAAAAGUGGCGGAAGAAAACCGAGAAAGCUGGUGAUAUUGAUGUACAGCUGGACUUUGAAGAACUUGUUCAGUACCUUAGAGACCAUGAGAAGGAGCUCAAGCUCGUCUUGAAGAGUCUGGACAAGAAAAGCCAUGGUCGCAUUGGCUCCCAGGAGGUCAUGCAGUCUCUCCAGGACCUCGGAGUGCGUGUUUCCCAGCAGCAGGCCGAAAAGAUACUGAAGAGCAUGGACAAGAACGGCACGAUGACGAUCGACUGGAAUGAAUGGAGGAGCUCCUCCGUGCAGGCUGUGGACAACGUGCCUGAGAUCAUCCUCUACUGGAAACACUCCACGAUAUUCGACAUUGGCGAGAACCUGAUGGUGCCAGAUGAGUUCACAGUAGAGGAAAGGAUGAUGGGGGUGUGGUGGCGCCAUCUGGUGGCUGGGGGCGGAGCUGGUGCGGUCUCUCGAACCUGCACCGCCCCCCUCGACCGUCUCAAAGUCCUCAUGCAGGUCCAUGGAUGCCGGAGCAACAACCUGUGCAUCGUAGGGGGGCUGACUCAGAUGGUCCGAGAAGGGGGGAUGCGGUCUCUGUGGCGUGGCAAUGGCGUCAAUGUCCUCAAGAUCGCGCCCGAGUCGGCCAUCAAGUUCAUGGCUUAUGAGCAGAUCAAACGCUUGAUAGGGAGCAACCAGGAGUCGAUAGGGAUCUCAGAGCGGUUUGUCGCUGGUUCUCUGGCUGGUGUCAUUGCCCAGAGCAGCAUCUACCCCAUGGAGGUCCUGAAGACCCGGCUAGCCCUCAGAAAGACCGGCCAGUACUCGGGCAUCAGCGACUGCGCCAAGCACAUCUUCCGGAAGGAGGGUGUGGCCGCGUUUUACAAGGGCUACGUCCCUAACAUGCUGGGCAUCAUUCCCUACGCUGGCAUCGACCUGGCCGUGUACGAGACCCUAAAGAACUCCUGGCUACAGCAGUAUGCCAAAGACAGCUCAGACCCCGGCGUCGUCGUCCUGCUCGCUUGCGGAACCAUCUCGAGCACAUGUGGCCAACUGGCCAGCUACCCCUUGGCGCUGGUCCGGACGCGCAUGCAGGCACAAGCCACGUCGGACAGCAGCCCCCGCAUGACCAUGACCGGCCUCUUCAGGCACAUCCUCAGCACUGAGGGCCCCACUGGCCUCUACAGAGGCCUGACCCCCAACUUCAUGAAGGUCAUUCCCGCCGUCAGCAUCAGCUACGUGGUCUAUGAGCACCUGAAGGCGACCCUCGGCGUACAGUCGCGGUGAGGAGGCUGGCGCCACCUGCUGGACACUGGCGGUGAAGGCUGCUGGAAGGACUGAGGAAUCCUGGGAGGGCCUGGGGUUUGUGUAGACACUUCAUUCUAUGAAUGCCUGAAAGAGAAGGGAGAUGCAGCUCAACGCUAAAAAGACUGAAAGUUGCCGAUGAUGUGACCUCAGGGGCUGUGAGCAGAGGGACAAGGCUUCCGGUCUGUCUGCCGGUGUUCUUGUGGUAGUUUAACUGCUCACUGGUUUGGGGUGGUGCCUCAUUUUAAGAGCUGCAGCUGUCAUCAUUUUUGACAGGAUAAUUAAUAAGCUUCUAACAGGCAGUUAUUGAGACAUUUCUGCCUUUUUCAUAAAAGUGAGCAAAUGCUGACUUAAACUGGGACCACAUUAGUAUCUGUUAGCUUCUGCGCAGGGCUCGGCUUCUGUGGCUAAAACUGACGUACAAAGCUCUGUUUAGUUUUCCCGUGUGUGUGUGUGUGUGUGUGUGUGUUCUAUGAUUGUCUUUCUCCUUUUUGUUUUAAUCUUUCAUCGCUUAAGAUUUAUUUAUUGUUUCCCUCUAAGGGAGAAUAAGUUAAUUCAGUCGUUGUAGAAUUAAACCAGUCUCUCAAUCGUUUACAAGGGUGUUUAUCGUGAGUGCUUCUGGCUUUAAUAACUCUGAGUAGUCAGUGACUGAAUGUACAACCAAGUCUGAGAAGGUGUGUUUUGUUUUAGUUUUCCCUCUAUCAGACACAUCUUCCAGGACAGUGACAAAAUCAAACAUUAGUGCUGUUAUUUUGCUGGUGGAGUUUUUUUCUAAUUGGCUAUUUAUGGGGUAAUUUUUCAGUUUUUCACUGGUAAAAUGGAAUGCUAUGUUUUUGGUUUUAAUUUUAAAGGUUAUGUAUAAUUAACAUCUUAUUUGGUAGUUUCACUGAUGCUUCCAUUGUAUUGCAAGUUAAGCUUUUUAUAAUUUUACAUGGUUUCUGGGUCAAGUCAUGCAAUGGAUGUGGGGGCUUUGUACAGUAUUUAAUUUAAAUACCACCGUAUCCAGACAGGGCAUGUGGGUUCCUGAUGUCAUUCACCCAGCUGUGAAACUGCCUUUGGACCACUAAAUGUCACCCUGUCGUAAGCAAGUGUUCUCUGCAGAUUUCCACAUAGCCACGAUAAGAGGCUUCUGAUUGUAUGACGCGUAUGAUUAUGGUUCUGAAGCACUUCGUUUUGCACUUUAAUCUCAAACAAAAAUAAGGCAGCUUUAGGAACUUGGGAAUAUACCUGUAACCUCCCUCUGAAAUGAAACCUGCCUUAUUCUUGUUUGUCCUACGCUGUGUGGAGAGCAAUGUGGACAGAACAUGGGAAUUCCACUAUGAUGUCAGAUGUCAAACUGGGAAUGUGUUUAGCUACUUUGUGAAUCGGUUCUCUGAAUGUCUCCCCCAGAAACGCCAAUUACUUCUCUACCUCUUCCCUUCACCCUGAAUUUCUACUUAGGCCACCAUGCAAACUUCAUAAUUAAGUACCCCAUCUAAACUUGCGUGAAAUACCUGUUUAGAAGUUGGUCUGUCAUAUGCAUUAAAUCCAGUUGUAUGAAAGCUGUUGUACUUUUAAUGAUUAUGUAUGAAGACUAAGAUGAUGCUGCUUUUCUGAAUGUAAGUAAAGGAAUGAAUGGCAUGCAAAUGAAUAUUUAUGGUUCUUAAAUAAAACUGAAUUUGCACAACUA